CUCGCCAACAAUUACGCAUUACUAAUACAACCAUGUCCAACCAUUCUCACACUAAUUGACAACAACAACAUAUACAAUUAAACAAACCAAACCCAGACAAAAAAUUCCAGAUUGAGAGGAGGAGGAGGAGGAGGAGAAGAGAGUGUUGGACAAAGCAAUAUUCUCUCUCUCUUUGGAUCUCUCAAUACAAUCAAUCAUAUCUUAAUUUGAUGAAAUCAAGGACACCCAGCUAGUCCUUGAUUUCAUUGUAUACUAAUCUUGUGCAAAUCAAUUGUCACAGAUGGCUGAGGAGGGUAUGAGCAGGGUUCGCGCAUUUUCGUCCCCAGAAUUAGUUCGUUCUUCUACAACUGCAUCGGAUCAUCAAAGGCCUGAAGAUUAUAGCUUAGAAGGAAUUGCUACAAAUAUUAAGUUGCUGUUAAAACUAGUCCAAGAUCAUUCUGACGCCUCUACCAGAAGCAAUGACGAUCGAAAACUGCAAAGGGUAGCUGGAAUGAUGACCAUUCUAGAUGAUGUGAAAUCGCGAGUCGAGAAAUAUCAGACGUUUAACACCAGAAGAAGGGCUGCAUUUCGACGAUGCAACACAGAGCUUAGGCCUAACCAUCCCAUGAAUGACAAAAAGCCAACUGACUUGAUUACAGAUGAGAAGGAAAAAUUGAGGAAACAUCUCAGUGCAAGCUUAGCCGCACGAAAGAGCCUAGAAAUGAUGAUUUCAGGCUUGGGGAAGGAGAAAAAGAUUAUGGCAUCGGAGCUCGCCAGGAAAGUAAGCGAACUGAAUGAGAUGGAGGAACUUAUCAGCGACCUUAAAUCGCAAAACGAGAACUUGUUGGGAAAGUUGCAAUCUUGUGUUAAACAGCACAAGGAGAAGAAGUCGUCUGGCGGUGGCGAUGUUCAAGGGAAUGCAGCUCUCCAGGAACGUAACAAGGCACUCUCGGAGCAACUUAUGAGGUCUCUUGACGGGUAUCGAUAUUUAAAGAGGAAAUACAAAGAUCUGAAAGAGGAAAAUGUAGCACUUCACGCGACGAUGGAGGAAAUGGGGGCGGAAGUAAUGUCUGGACUUGACCGAGUGCAUAGAUUGAAGCAAAGGGUGGGGAAGGGGAAUGAUCAAGCUGUUGAUAUUGAUGGGGAGAUUUCAGAAUUAGUGCAUAUGUUCAAAGGCUUCAGCAUGAAGAUCUCGAAAGAUGUGUAGAAGAAGACAACUGAAUGAGCUAUCCAAAAUAGAAACGAUAUAGAGGUUUUUUGCACCAGCAAUUCAUAUGUGAUUAACUAGUUCUUCAGUUUUCUAGCUCAAGUCUGCUGAAUCCAAACAGUUAUAUGUAUUGUAUCCUCACUACCUAAUAUUGCUAAGUUACAGCCUGUUUUCA